GUCGUGUCGUGCUCUGCUCCAUAAGGAUUGACGGUCGGCUAGACCACGGAAUGCGUAGUGUUCUGUGCAGCUGCAGGCAGACAGCUCGAUGUUCUACGGCAUGGCUUGCUGGACGGGCUGAAAAUCGGAGAGUCACAGAAGUGAAGUCCGUGUAAAAUGGCGCUAUCCUUGGCCGAGAGCACCUUAAUUGACGGCGAAGCUUCGCCGGGGUCCAGAGGUACGCCCGUGUCACGAACGACACGUACAUCGCCAGUGUGAACGAUACCGCCGUUUCAUCUACGUACGUUUUGUCUAUUUCGCAAAACGUAUCCCUCGAGAGUCAAAUCGAGAACUCUUUCGCGCCAUCUAUAAUAAUAAUCGCGACUGGCAACUGGCAAAGUGAAAACGUCGUCGUCGAGGGAAAGCGUGAAAACUUGGAGCUGCCGAGAGAGUCGAAACGUACAGUGGAGAAGGAGGAUAGAACUUUUUCCUCUGUCCGAGAGUCAAGUCUGAGCAACUGUGUAUCACACAUCUUGUCGUGUAACAUGGUCGUGUGUCGUCCCAUCGACAGUGCACAUCGGUAGACGCAGCGCGCAUAACCUCUCUGCUGAUUCUGCCACCCGUCCAACCGAUAUGUGAUUCUGAUUCGACUGGGAAGCAUUGUUGUUCGCCGAGGAUGAGGAACGAUAUCACAGACAUGCAUACGGUGAACGCUGAUAGCAGCACGGACGCCAUAUGGCUCGAGAAAAGAAGGAGCCCGUUGCAGACGGCGCCCGAUCAAGUGUCACUCACAUUUGAUAAAGUCGUUGUCAAACAAGAACUUCCCGAUGAGGCGGAGAUCCGAGAACUGGCUGCCAAAAUGGUGGAAGCAAACAAGGCGAAAAUGAUCACGGGGGUACCACCGCCACAACAGAGGCCUCCGCAAUGUCUCCUUCCUCAGUCAACUCUUCCCGGUAUUCUGGGAUACUUGAACAAACGGCCAGCAGAUUCGUCAACCACCACGGUGUCAGCGAAACCUCCUUCGGCCGAAGGCAAAGUACCACCGGACGACGAGAGCCAAAGAGGCCGAUUCGGAUGGACCAGCUUCGACGAUUGUCACAUACCUUAUAUAUUUCGUUCCGGCGAGAAGUACUGCGCUGUACGAAUUUUAGAGUCUAAGUUGCUGAAUAAGUACCUGAGUUACCUGCACUCGGACAUCUACAGUUGCACGUGUAUAAGGAGUUACUACAUAACUGAGGCGGAGAGCAAGCUGUUCACCGACAUAAACGUGAAGCACUGCGAGAAUCAGUUCGGACGUGAGCCAUUCACGUGCAAAGACUUAGUGGUUCGUCUAUCGGACGCGAAGGAGUUUUAUACGUUUUUGGACGUGUGUUACACGAAAUUAACGGCCGGCACGAACCCGAACGUGUCCAAUGGGCACAGGGCUGACAAAUGUGGGUUCAUCCGGAUAAACAAUGAGUCUGUGGUACCUUACACGGUGAAGGACGGCCUUCAAUAUGUACCUCUGUUUUACUUCGAGGGCGAGACCGAGAAUCUCAAGUUGAAAGCGGAGAAGCUCGAGGGCUGGGACUUGUCGUACCUUAAAUUUUGUUGCAAAGUACAGGGUAUUCGUAACGAACUGUUCGCCAGUGAGACAUGUUCAGUGAUUAGUUUGAAUGAUAUUAAAAGUUAUUUCCCUCCUGGUACGGGGUUCGAGGAUUACUGGCCAACAAAAGUGAUGGACUCUCAAUUGUUAGUGAAUAGCAAAGGUGGUGGCAGCGGUGGCGGUUGGACCAAACAGCCACCGACGCCGCCGGCAAUCAAACAAGUUCCAGUGCAAAAUAACGCAAGUAAAGCGAAUGUCAAUUCACGUGCUGCUCCUAUGCAUAAUAUGCUACCACGUGGAUCGGUUGCGAAUACGUCGCAAGUGCAGCAACGAGUCAGCCAGCCAAGACCCGUUUCGACCACCCAUCCUGCACACUCGUCACCGACAGCACUGUCCUCAGGCAGGUCGAAUAUUGUCACACAACCAAUGUUGAACACUGUACAAAGUGUUAACGGUUGGACGGGGCUUGUCGGUGGUCAACCCACCUUCCAAACGGCGCUUGUAUCUCAACCUAGUUCCAUUAUACGAAUGCCCUCAUCCCUAAACAUGCACAAUCAAAUAUCUACACCAGCAAAAACUUAUUCGCAACAAUCCAGUAGAAGUAGAGGGGGUGGAGGUAGUGCAGCAGCUCAGUAUCCUGGAGUUUAUCCAGUUACAACUAUGCAGAAUGUUGCUCAGGCCCAACCACCCCCUCUUGUCAGAGCAACGGUUCACUCCAGUCAACCUAAUCUUGGUUAUCCAACCUAUGGGAAGGAUGACUGGGUCACAUCAACAUAUACUACACCUUCGUUAGGUAUACCAAAUGCUGUUACAGCAAGUACAUACCCCCAAAUGCUUGGUUUAAGCGAACAAGUACAGGCUCUGAUGCCGUCGCCUACUUCGGUAUCUACACUGUUACAUCCACAAAGGCAUACACCAUCCGUACAUAACACGUCUCAUGCAAAAUACCCACCACCAUUAAUACCAGUUAAUGGUAGUAACAACAAUUCCAGGGAUUCAAGGGGUAGAAAACCGUUGAUCCCAAUAUCAGAGACACAUAUAUCAACCUGUCAAGUUCAACCUUAUCAAAUUCAAAAAGCGCUCGUUGAAGACAAAAUGGUACCUUGUAUUAAUUUCAAGCCGUAUAUAUAUUCUGAAUUGCUGAUGACACUCCCUGACUUUGUCGCUCAGUAUUUUCCUUCUUGCGAUAUUAAUAGCUGUCGGCAAGUCCUCACAGACGUCUUGCACAUAGACUUGUAUCAAGGAAAUGGGUUACAAAUGAAAAUGUUAAAGGAUGCAGGGAAGUGUUCAUCAUUAAAUGAGGAGCUACCGCUGAUACAAGUAAAAAGUAUAAUGAAAUACAUGCCCCAAUUGAAAUAUAUGUUUAAUAGAGGUAGUGAGAUGGUAAUGCCUGCACCUGCACAUUCCUCUGAGGAACACCCUGCCAAAAAGCGUCAACGCACCAGCUAGGACUGGCUACAGCCUUACUGGCCUAAUUACGAUUACUAUCAUUCGGCAAUUUAAAAAAGUGCCGAUUUGACUCAUAUGUAAGAAAUCAGCAUUAUUACAUGCUCUGAGAAUAUGUAAACCGGAACUAAUCUGUAUUGACAUGUGCCAGAAAGAGUGCACACAAUUGAAGAUUACCUUUUAUAAUACAAGGAAUCUGUGACAUACUGUGAGCUACUUCUUUCUCCAAAGUGUAUUUAUCGACAAGAGUACCCUUGUAAAUAAAACUGAGGUGUAUAAAACUAGUGUUGCACAGUUGGCAGUUAGAUAUGCUUUUAUAUAUUAAGAUUAUUAACACUUCUUUAAGAUUUUCCGUUUACAACUGGAGAUUGUCGUACAAACAACGUAGACAUUACAAGAACAAUCUUGUACAAACAACAGGAUCAUUCCUCUUUUUUUUCGUUUUGUUUUUUCUUUAUUUCAUUUUCUACCUCUGCUACAGAGUAUCUUGCGUAGUAUUUCUUUAAUGAAUAAAAUGAAAGUUUUAAUCUUAAUGUGAUUCGGAGAAAGAAAAUGCCGCCAAGUGAUAACUCAUUAACAAAUGCGAUGUGCGAUAAAUAUGUUGUUCGAAUUUACUUACGUCGCACGUUAAACGGAUAUCAAAAAAAUUUGGCAUUUGUAUAUUUAAAGAGAUGGAAAUAAUGCUUCUUCAAGUUCCUAGCUAUUACUAAUAUGUAUCUUGAUAAUUACUGAAAAAUAAUUUAAAACUGUUACUAAUUCACAACAAUGGUUUAAUAUAAAUUGUGACGUAAGCUUAGCAAAACUUAUUAGGUAAAAGAAUAUUCUACGUUUUGAAUCUUGGAAAACUCUAUUUUCUAAAGUUCACUUGUCAGAAACACCGUACACAGUGAUGCAAAUAAUUCUGUUCAGGUUAUUGUCAGUGUGUAAAUAUCUAAGUCAAUAAAAAGAAAUGCAGUUUAGAGUACCAUUAAAAGUAUGAUACGUAUUAACAGACAAUGAGGAUAUGUAUUUUACCGACAGAUAUGUAUUACGAAGGCUUUAUAACUGUUUCAAAUACAAUCACUCAGAAAGUGUAAUUGAUUUCCUUUAAUUUUCAAUAAAAGAAAUCACAAUUAAAUGAACGCUUAAUUAUGUAGAAAGUUAUGUAACAAAAAAUAUAAAUUUAGAUUAUAUAAAGCAUAAAAUGUCUUUCUUUAUUGUAUUAUUUUAUGUUUACUAUUUAUUGAAGUACAUUUCACGAAGCAUCUGUAAAAUAUUAGUAUAACAAAUAUUUAUUUAUAUGACUACAGGCAUUUCAAAAGAAAAGUUUAAAAAACUGACAAAUCGUUAUACUUAAAAAAACCAGUUAAAAUGGUCUUCCAUUUUAAUUAUAAUAUAGAUACGAAAAUAAAUUGAUUUAUUCAAGUAAUUAGGAAUUCAAGUAUGAAAUAUAAUUUACAUUUAUGUUUAUAAUUUGCAAAUAUGUUUCAAUUCGUUUGAUUGAAUAAAAAGUACAUAACUAGAAAGAAAAACAAAUUUGGAUAUGUUGAGAGUAUCAGUGACCACUUGUCAGUUUUCUUAAUUUUUGAAUAGAAGAGGCUUAAAUUAGUAUUAUUGACUGACUAACUUUCACAUUCGCUAUGAUUUACAUGAAACGGAAAAAAAGCUAAACAUGUAUAUGCAAAAAAAAAGUGUAUAUAUAUAUAUGUAUAUGUAUGAAAAUAAUUCUAGUAAUAAAUUAAUGUUGACCAUUAUGGAUUUUCCAUAUAAGAAAAAAAAAGGCUUAGGCAUCCUGUUACGGUGGAAAUGCUAUAUUUUGUUAUUUAUAAAUUACACUUAGUCAUAUCAUGACUUCAAAGAUUCUAUUGCCAUUAAAAAGACUACAUACCACGGACUGGAGUCUACUUUUUUCUAAUUUCAAUAAAAAGGCAGAAAGUGAACCAAGAAAUUUAUAAGCGAAAAGUAUUCAGUGAAAAAGUUGUGUACAAUAUGUAAAAUAAUAUAUUUAUUGUUUAUUUUAUAAUGUGCCACAUUUUAAUUUUUGUACUUUCGUAAAGAAACUUAUUGCCAGAAAGAGAGAAAAAAAAAGAAUGUAAUUGCGAUUAUUAUCCUGUAUUUAAGUCGCCUUGAUUUUAAACGAAUGCAAAGAUGUAAAUACUUUAUUUAAUAAAUUAAAUACAAGUUGAACCGAUACGUUUACGUGGCUUUAAAAUUUGCACGUGCGUUUUUUUAACCUAGUUUAACGUACACGAUCUUCUAAGUAUAUGUACAUAAUUACGCUGAGAAGAACAAUUACAAAAAAAUUGUAUGUCACUGGAAGAUAUGCGAAUAUAAACUGACAAAUAAAAUAUUGAAGGAA